AUGGACCCGGCCGUGAUAGCGGAAUUGGAUGAUCAGAUAAUUUAUCAGGCGACAAAGGACAUAUUUAUUGGUCAGAAGGCCAAAUUCAGAAAGCUUGGGCCUGUAAAGAAAUCAAUUGGGAGCCAUCUACGGAAGGGCAGUCUAGUCCAGCAACUUGUGACUCAGUAUGGCGCCGACGCCAUACACCAGCCAGUAUUGAAGCUCCUUUCGGAUAGGGUUUACGAAUCAACCUCGAUUGCAAGUGAGCGUUUUCCGGACCUGUUCGAGCCUUCUACAGCCCAGACCGCAGCAAGGAGUUUACUGGAAGCAGAAGCUACCAGGAGUGAACAAGCUGCGCUGGAAGGUAUUAUCCAAACUCAAUGGGCUAGCAGUCAAGGGACCCUCGACUGUACAGGAAUCACAACAAUGGCAUUAGAUGACAUUAAUAACAAUAUUACGGAAAGCGAAACUGGUGACUUAUCGCUGUUUCCUGUAUAUUUGCCGUUCCCUAUCGAGCACAUGCUUAUGGAGAAACUGCAAAAGACAUUAGAACUUGCUUGUUUUGACUUUGGAACGAGAGCUCUCCCGGAUAUUAUGCGAAAACGCGGUUGGGAAUGUCCUGAAUCGGUCGAACUCAAUAGAUGGGCCGAGCUCUUCGGACGUGAGGGGAGUAUGAGAGGCAAGAUCGAUAAAGAUCUCCCGAAAGAACUACUGCGUUCGAUUGCAUCCAUCAGACAUACAGCUGUUCAUCGCCUGCGCACUAACUCAGCAGGGCUAGAACGGUUUCUUACUGAUGCCGAACGGCUUGCCGGAAUUCUAGGGGAUACCGUAUAUGCAAAAGCCAUCUCGCACCUACGUUCAGAUGCUCAGUCAGCAUUUAUGGAGCUUACACAAAAUAAACAGUUUAUACAACUGCAACUUGAACAUUCUCAGGAAGAAAUAGCCAAGAAGCGCGCUGAACUCGACCAGGAGGAGCAGGAGGUUCUACGCUGUAUCGCAAAAGAGGACGAGAAGUACCGAAUGUUGGCGGGUGAUAGGCUACAAAAUGCUCUCGAGCGUAUGGAAGACAAGAAAAUAGCAGUGGAUAGGGAGGAUGCGGUCUUCGAUGGUAUUAAUGGUAUCGAGACGAACAUUUUCUAUGCUGAUGACAGCGAUGUCGAUUAUGCAGACCAGUUCGAAGAUUGCGACGAAACAUGGAUUCCUUAG